AAAGACAUUAUAACUUUGAGUAGUCUUUUAGGCAACAAAUAACUAAAAGCUAUGGCCUCUACCUAUAAGCCAGAAACGCCGUCAAGAUCCGAAAAGCAGUCUCCUGCCGGUGGAAACUGUUCCGCCGUUGAUGUGACUCUCCGGGUGUUAUUGUUUGCAGCCUCACUGAGUGCUGUUGUUGUCAUGGUUACAAGCAAGGAGACAAAACUUGUGGCCCUGGCGGUGCCACCCUUUAGUAUCAGAGUUCCUUCCAAGUUUACUUACUCUCCAGCCUUCAUAUAUUUUGUGGUAGCAUUAUCGAUUGCUGUUGUCUACAGUUUCAUCACAACUCUUGUAUCACUUUCAGUAAUGGCGAAGCGGGUUUCCCCGAAACUUUACUUGCUACUUUUAGCAUUCUGGGACGUGGUGAUGCUGGGACUUGUAGGUUCAGCAACCGGAGCAUCAACUGCGGUUGCAUAUAUCGGAUUAAAGGGAAACAAACACACAGGGUGGUCAGAGAUAUGCUCUGUUUACGGAAAGUACUGUCGACAUAUAGGAAGCGCGUCCGCGGUCGCAUUAGUUGCUUCCAUUCUGCUUAUUCUGCUCUCUGUGCUGUCUAUUUACUCCCUUUACAAAAGGGUCCGUGAUUAGAGAUACCAGCUAUAAAAUUUCUACCUCCAUCAUGCCAUUGCUGCAGUUUAUGUGUUAAUUUAAUUAUAUGUUCUGUGUAUUUAUGUAUGGCAAGGGUUUAUUGAACGGUGUUUAAUUUAUUUGUAUGUUCUUUCAUUGUAUGUUAUUUAAAUUUAUUUGUAAGUUCUCACUAAAAUAUGUAAUUUAGUUGAUGACAUUUGUUAUGCUGGCAGACCCUAUUGUUGGGAUAAGAUGCUAUUGAACUCUACUUGAGC